ACUUUUCAGAAUAUCCUGUUUGUUUUUGCGUCCUUGUCCCCCUCCAGGUGUGGGUACAGAGUAGGGCCGUCUCGCCGAUCCUCCGUGAUCAGUCAGACAUGAUAUCAGCGGCGUUAAUAUUCCUCGUCGGAGCAUCGUUUUCAUCCGUGUCAGGUGGUGAAAGCCAUGCAGGUGCAUAUUCAAGUGCAUCCAGCUCUUCAGGUGGGAAUUUUGGUGGAGGAGUAUUUGGAGAAGGGGGAGGACACCCAUUUGGCACAGGAUUUUCUGGGGGUGUUGGAAGUCCAGGAUUCUUUCCAGGAUUUAACUUUGGAUCUCCCCCGGGUUGUCAUUGCACACCACCGUUCGGCCAGGGGCUAGAUGCUUUAGGGAUGCAAAAUGCCAUACAACAACAAAUCAAACAACUUCAAGAUUAUGCCCUACAGAUGCACAAUCAGAUUGCUAAUUCCAUUCCAUCUGGAGGUGGUGGUGGUGGUGUCUACAGUAGAGGCAGUACCGGUGGCUUUAGUGCAGGACCUGGUGGUGGCUAUGGUGGAGGCCCUGGUAGCUUUCAUGGAGGCCCUGGUGGCUUUCAUGGAGGCCCUGGUGGCUUUAAUGGAGGUACUGGUGGUGGCUUUACUGGAGGCAACGGUGCUGCCAGUUCCAGUGCUAAUUCAGGAGCAAACAGUUAUGCUAGGGGCUAUGAUGGUUAUUCCCCAAGUGGUGGCCAAGGUACUUCAUUUACCGGACAAGGAAGCCAUGGAGGCUAUGGAGGAGCAGGGGGUGGAGGUAGUGGUGCUGGCCAUUCAGGAUUAGGUGGUCACUCAGGUUCAGGCGGUCACUCAGGGUUCGGAAGUGCUAGCGCUGGAGCAUAUGGUAGUGACGGUUCACCUGGAGGAUAUCAAGGAACUGGUACUGGGCUUGAUGUUAGGUUCGGUUCUCCUGCAGAUGAAGGGGCCUCCGUUGGAGGAGGUGGUGGGGGAUUUGUGGGAAUUUCUUCUUCAUCACGUUCCAGCUCUUCGACAGUAGAUGGAAAAACUCAGACCCACAAGGAAGCAUCAGUGACUGUCAAUGAUAAUGGCAAAGUCACAACAUUCCAUUCACCUUGAAUUUUUCGUAAUGCAUUAAAUUAUAUGUAAAAAUAUUAAUAUGAAAUGUGAUCUUUAGAGUAUUAGUAUAAAAUGUGUAUUUUAAUGAAGAAAUUAAUUCAUUUUUCGUACUUUUAUUGCAAUUUAUCUUAUUUUUUAUGUAAAAAAUAUAAAUGAAUUAAUCUAUGAAAAUUUAUAUUAAAAAUUGAUUCCUCAUGA